GAUUUUGUGGCAGGGCGUACGAGCAGAUGGAGGUGACCUGCAACCCUAACCUGCGCGAGGCCGACAACACCUGGAACAUCGAGGACAACGUCUACCCUAAACUGCCGAACAGCUCGUUCGAAAUCUAUGCGCCGUCGUUCCUGUCGAAGUUCCUGGAGGCCCACACGGUGAUGUUCCAGGGCAACGCUGGACUCAAGCCCAAGGAGGGCGAGGUCACGUCACAACCCUGGCAGUGGCCCAUCAACUACAGGGGCCAGUGGUUCUCAGCCAUCGAUGGCUACAAGGUCUACUUGCUGGGUAACCCCGUCAUCUGGUGGGGCAACAUCGUCAUCAUGGCCGCCUUCAUCGGCGUCUAUGGCAUCAACAAAUUCCUCGAGAAGAGAGGAAAACUUAGUCUCAGCCAGCAGGACCGUCGGACCGUAGCUCUGCAAUCGUGUUGCUGGCUGCUGCUGGCGUGGGCCCUACACUACCUACCCUUCUACUUCAUGGGGCGCAUCCUUUACUACCAUCACUACUUCCCGGCACUGCUCUUCUCCUCCAUGCUAACUGGUAAGACUACUUCAUGCAUCCUCUACUACCACCACUACUUCCCAGCACUCUUCUACUUGUUCGCGCCGCUGAGCUACGGCAUGCACGAGGUCAACGUGGAUCGUAGCAACUCCAGCCUCCAGCACCUCCGUUGGGUCAACUCCUGGGAGUUCUAA